CCUACCUUGUAGUAACCCAUUCAAAGUUUCAAUCUAUACCCACAGCACGUUGCGGCGUAUAUUAGCCCCCAUUGCAUAUAAGUAGGGCUACAGCAAAGCUCCAGCUUACUCUUCAGCCGUUUCUCCUCGUCUAUUACACGAUAAUGGCGGCGGCGGCAACAACCUCCUUCUCAACCUUGGCACCUACCGCUUCGUCGUCGGCAGCAUCGGCUUCUCUCAAGCUCGCCCCCCAAACCCUAGGGUUUAAUGUCGGCUUUCUGUCUUCCAAAACUUCAUCCAAAUCCCUCAAAGCUCGCUCUAAUGGCAGUUCUGGAUCUGCUCUCGGGGCUCGGAUGGUUUCUGCCCCAGCGAUAACUAAGCCUCCGACGCUGCUUGAUUUUGAAACCUCUGUUUUCAAUAAGGAGAAGAUUAACCUUGCUGGUUAUGACGAGUAUAUCGUGAGAGGAGGAAGAGAUUUGUUCCAUUUGUUGCCUGAUGCCUUUAAAGGUAUCAAACAGAUUGGGGUUAUUGGAUGGGGUUCUCAGGGUCCUGCACAAGCUCAGAAUCUUAGGGAUUCCCUUGUCGAAGCAAAAUCUGACAUUGUAGUGAAGAUUGGAUUACGAAAGGGUUCAAGCUCAUUCAACGAAGCUCGUGGUGCUGGUUUCUCUGAAGAAAACGGAACUCUCGGAGACAUUUAUGAAACCAUCUCCGGCAGUGACCUGGUUCUGCUCUUGAUAUCCGAUUCAGCUCAAGCAGAUAACUAUGAGAAAAUCUUCUCACACAUGAAACCAAACAGCAUCCUUGGACUUUCCCAUGGAUUCCUUCUUGGACAUCUUCAAUCAGCUGGACUUGAUUUCCCCAAGAACAUAAGCGUGGUUGCUGUUUGCCCCAAAGGCAUGGGUCCAUCAGUAAGGAGAUUGUAUGUUCAAGGAAAAGAGAUCAAUGGAGCUGGAAUCAAUGCCAGUUUUGCAGUUCAUCAGGAUGUUGAUGGAAGAGCCACUGAUGUUGCACUCGCAUGGUCUGUUGCCCUUGGUUCUCCUUUUACAUUCGCCACUACACUUGAACAGGAGUACAAGAGUGACAUAUUUGGGGAAAGAGGUAUUUUACUUGGUGCUGUGCAUGGUAUUGUGGAGUCUUUGUUUAGAAGGUAUACAGAAGGUGGUAUGAGUGAAGAUUUGGCUUACAAAAAUACAGUGGAAUGCAUCACUGGGAACAUAUCAAAGACAAUCUCAACUCAGGGAAUGAAAGCUGUGUAUGAGUCAUUAACAGAAGAAGGCAAAAAAGAAUUCUUAACAGCAUACAGUGCCUCAUACUACCCUUGCAUGGACAUUUUAUACGAGUGCUAUGAAGAUGUAGCAAGUGGCAGUGAGAUAAGAAGUGUUGUGUUAGCUGGACGUCGAUUUUAUGAAAAAGAGGGAUUACCAGCUUUCCCCAUGGGGAAAAUCGACCAGACCCGUAUGUGGAAGGUCGGUGAACGGGUCCGUGCUAGCCGACCCGUGGGUGAUUUGGGUCCGUUGUAUCCCUUCACAGCAGGUGUCUAUGUUGCACUAAUGAUGGCACAGAUUGAGGUGUUGAGGAAGAAGGGGCAUUCGUACUCUGAGAUUAUCAAUGAAAGUUUGAUUGAGUCUGUGGAUUCUUUGAACCCGUUUAUGCAUGCGCGAGGUGUGUCGUUUAUGGUGGACAACUGUUCGACAACUGCAAGGUUGGGGUCGAGGAAGUGGGCCCCACGGUUUGACUAUAUUUUGACCCAGCAGGCUUUGGUGGCGGUUGACAAUGGGAGCCCGCUUAACCAGGAUCUGAUUAGCAACUUCUUUGAGGAUCCGGUUCAUGAAGCGGUCAAGGUGUGUGCUGAGUUGAGACCAACGAUUGACAUAUCGGUGCCUGUUGAUGCUGAUUUUGUGAGACCCGAGUUGCGACAAGCGAGCAACUAGGUGAAGGUGGGCCCCAUGUAUGGUUCAUAUAUUUCAUAUCAAGGUAUGGUUCUAGUUUUAUUAUGUGUUUUGUAGAAUGUUUGUGUUUUGAUGGAUUUUGUUGAAUUUUGUAAUAAUGGAAGUGGUCCAGAGUUGGGGUUUUUUGUUUUAUGUCUAGAUGGUGGGUUUAAUUUUUUUUUUGCACAUGACAUGGAUGUGGAUGGCUUUGUUUUUAUCAUUUUAUGUGGUUUUGGUUGGAAUCGUUAAAGAAAGUCUAUCCAAAUGAAAUUUGGUUGGUUUUGAGUUUUGACGACCAAAUAAAAAAUGUUGUGGAAUAGCCAUCUGAGACUAACAGGGUAGGAAGUUGAUACGAUCAAACUUGGGUGAUGCUAAAAAAACCCGCUUUGGUCGUUUCCGGAUAGGUCUAAUCAAUCAAUUUUAAUGCAAUAAUAUUAAUUUUUAAUUACCUUAUACUUAAAGUUUUAUAUUAUUAUUUUUUUGAUGCCUGAGAGAGAGAUUUAAAUGUGGAUGAACAAAUAAUAUUUAGUGGAUCUAGAGUUAAAUAUUAUUUAAUUUUAAUAAAUAAUUAAUUAAAUCAUCCUUUUAAUUUGGACAAAUCAUUUUAUUUAAAACCCUAUUGCCUCUUCUAUUGACACCCAUAAAAUC